GCCCUAGCGCUGCUUUGCGCGGCAGAGUACUAUCCUGCUUUGCCAGCUGGGUUCGCCCACAUCUCCGCCUCCGCCCGCACUUGGAAACCUCCCCGCUCGCUGAGCUCCCCUGAGUCGCAACCCAGUUGCUCAGCCGCCGCUGGACAGAGCCUGGUUUGGCCCUCGUGCCCACUCUGGGGGGCAGAGCCCCUGCCUCUCCGCCCGCACUGCCCCAGCCCCCCGGUACCGGCUGGAGCUGCCCGACCGCUCCUCCCGGUUGCCGUGCGAGCGACGGUGGCAUUGGCGUCUGAAUGUCGCAGCAGCUUCCCGCAACUGAGCCCGCUGCCCCAACCCAGCCGGCACCGGGCUGGUGAGUGUAGUUUCACCCGCCCUACCCAACCCCGCUUUUCCCAGGCACACUCACCGCGUGGCAGGCAUGCACUAAGGAGUCGGCCGCGGACGAGCGGAGUGCGCGCGGCUGAGCUGCCGCCCAGUUGUUGCUGCGCGCGAAGAAGGAGCCGAAGCGAGCCAAGCGGCGCCGGAGUCAUCGGUGGAUUCCUAUGAAGAGCUCAGAGAAAAGCAUUUUGAAGUAUAUGCCCAGCAAAGCUCAUCUCAUCUCAAGGGUGUUAUUCACCUCCCUUCUGCCUCUGUCUAUGAGUUUGGUCAGCCAUGGCUAGAGAAGUUUAUUUAUUGCUUCUUUUAUUGUUCUGUGGGAGAACAAUUUCUGAACGGCAGCCUUUGCCUCAAAUGCCUUCUGAAACUCUAGAUUUUGGGUAUGUUCCCCACAAGAUAUACAACACCAAUGCUUAUUAUGAGCCCGGAACAAUAGGGAUUUUGUUCCACAUUGUCCACGCUUUCCUCUGCAUUGUUCAGCCCAAUUACUUCCCUCAAGAUCUUAUCAAAAAGUUAGCACUACAGACAUUUGGAAAUAAGCCUGGUGAUUAUCAAAAGCCCGAAAAUGUUGUAUUGACUCUUCAGGCAGUUUACUAUGAAAUUGGCUUCAUAAUCUCAGCUGCCCUGGGAAUCCUAUUUGUCCUGUUGCUUCCACUGAUUGGCCUCUGUUUCUGCCUGUGCCGAUGUUGCGACAAUUGUGGUGGGGAAAUGCACCAGAGACAGAAAAAGAACGCCAACUGUCAGAGAGGCUGCUUCGCUAGCCUCCUCUUGGUAGCUACAUUGCUAAGCAGUAUUGGGGUGUUUUUUGCCUAUGCGGCUAACCAGCAUCUCACAAGCCAAGUCCGAGGAGCCAGGGGACUCAUGAACAAUAAUUUCAGAGACCUUCGGAUGUUCCUGAAUGGAACUCCUGGGCAAAUCGACUAUUUGGUGAAUCAGUAUAACACUACCAUGAAGAAAGCACUUUCUGAUCUUAAUAAUGUUGGGACAUUGCUUGGCAGUCGAGUCUGGGAACAGCUGGGAAAGGAGGUAUACCCUGCUCUUGAUGUUGCCCUUACCAUGGCAGGAGUCAAAGUGGAAAGGGCCAUUAAAGCUAUUAGAGAGACAAAAGAGGCACUGGAGAAUGUGAGUGGGUGUCUGGAAAUGCUACAGGAGGGCACUGAGAAGCUGCACACCAGUCUGAUGGAUGUGAUGGAAGACUUGAUAGAUACUCUAAAUGAUUCAGCUUGCAUGGCUACCCAGGUUGCUUCAACUUGCAAUCUUAUCAGAAAUUCUUCGAAUCAGCUGACCAUUAAUGCUAAUUACAGCAAGUUACCAGGAGUGAACCCUCAGCUUGCCAGAGUCAAUGAAGUCCUUAAAAUAGACCUUUCCAAUCUCAUUCAAAAGGGUUAUGCAGCAUUUAAUGAUACUCCUGAACUGGUACGGGAUCAAACAAAGAAUAUUUUGUCAGAUAUAAAAAAUAUCCUGGAAAAUGUUGGUUCAAACAUCACAGCCUUUACCAAAAAGCUUCCCAUUCAGGAGAUUCUAACAGAUUUCACGAUAUAUCUCACUCAGAGUGAAGCGUAUGUUGAAGAUUAUUUUCCAUUAGUGGAGCAAUAUGAUUUCUACAGGUGGCUGGCCUGCUUAAUCCUAUGCUGCAUGGUGAUCCUGAUCCUGGUCUUUUUCUACCUGGGAUUAUUAUGUGGUACGUGUGACUAUGACAAAAAUGCAACACCAACAACCAGAGGCUGUGUCUCAAAUACUGGAGGAAAUUUCCUGAUGGCUGGAGUUACUUUCAGCUUCCUCUUCUCCUGGGUUCUGAUGCUGACAGUGGUGGUCACUUUCAUUGCCGGUGGAAAUAUGGAGAAGCUGAUAUGUGAAUCGUUUGAUGACAAGACUUUAUUCCAAAUUUUGGACACACCCUACUUGCUUAAUCGGCAGUGGAAACACUAUUUAUCUGGCAUCAUUCUGAAAAACCCAGAUAUUGACUUGACAUUUGAAAAAGUUUACAGUGACUGCAAGGAAAAUAAAGGCAUUUAUGCCACUCUCCGCUUGGAAAACCUCUUCAAUAUCCAUAAAAUCCUAAACAUCAGCAUGUAUGCAGAAGAUGUGUCACUUAAAAUCAAGCAUAUCAAUAUAAAUUUAAGCAAUAUAGUUUUACUGAGCAACGCUGGGAAAGAGAACCUGUUGAAUUUUGGUCAUUCUGGAAUAAAUGAAAUAAGCUUUGCAGCAUACCUGUCAGAGAUUAACAAGAGCAUCACCAAAAUUGAUCUAUUGUUAUAUGCUAAUGAUUUGGAAGCAAGAGCAGAUCAGCUGCCCAAAGGAGCAUUAGAAAACGCUUUGAAAGGACAUGCAAAUACGAUUCGGCUGAUACAUAACCAGCAAGUUGUUCCGUUGGAACAAGGAAUGAAAUAUGUUAGAGCUAGGAGUACUUUAAACCAGAGUAUUCGGUUACUACAGAAAACUUCAUUAGAACUUUCAGAAAAGGUGAGAAGUGUAAUCAGUGCCAUUGAAUUCACUCAACUUCUUAUAAACAACAAUGCUUCAGUUAUAAUUGUCCAGGAAGCUAAGAAAUACAUGGAUACUAUCUUAGGUUACUUUGAGCAGUAUUCAAUGUGGGUAAAGGAUUCGAUUACUACACAAGUAGCAACCUGUAAACCAAUUGCAAAUACGAUUGAUACAGCUGUCGAUAUUUUUCUGUGCAGCUAUGUAAUGGAUUCUUUGAAUGCCUUUUGGUUUGGACUAGGAGGCUGCUGCAUCUUGCUGAUCCCUGCCAUUAUUUGUGCGGUGAAAUUAGCCAAAUUCUACCGCAGGAUGGAUACCGAGGACGUGUAUGAUGAUGUUGAAACUAUGCCCAUGAAAAAUUUGGAAAAUGGUAAUAUUGGUUAUCAUAAAGAGCAAUUAUAUGGUAUACACAAUCCAGUUAUGACAAGCUCUGUGGAACAGUGGUAACUCAGACUGGAACUAUUAACCCUUCUGGAAACAACAGUUUCUCCUCAAGGAAAGCUAAGCUGAACCAUCAUGUUUGAAGAUAGCACAGCAAACUGAUCUUGCAUAAAAAAAGAAUUACUGAAUCUUUGGUCAUAAAGUGAAGGCAGGUUAAUGGCAAUUGGGCCACCUGGCCUCGGUUUUGCUGCCAAGAAACCAUUAAAACUGUUAUGGGCUUUGUUCUUGUUUCAUAAAAUAAUUUUCAUUUUUUUUUCUUGUACCAUAUAAAUGAAAUGAAACAGGUCUAAAUGGAUAUUGUCCUCAUUUUAUUUUAUUUUUGCUUCACCUGAAUUGUUUGUUCAAAAUGAAUUAGAUUCUUCUUAAAAUAUCCAAUGAUGUUUGUACGCUAUAUAAAAAUAUGUUUACAUGAAAAAUUAUUUGAAUACAGAGACUUUUGUACCUGAGUUUUUUACAGCUGUCUCGCAACAGACUUUUAAACAACAUUUGUUAUCUUUCAUAAGUAACCUGUUCAGUGUUCAACAUUUCUCUGGUGCUGUUAAAAAUGAAGGGGAAAAAAAAGCAAGUAUGGAACUAUGGAUCCUGUCUUGUGCUGUUUUCAGAAAUAUGAAUGUAAAUGAAGUAAAUCACUUUUUC